AGCCUGCAGCUCUCUCUCUCUCUCUCUCUCUCUCUCUUCUCAGUAUUUGUUCAAUACUUUUGAGAUUUUCGUCUCUUCAGGUUUUUUUCCUCAUCUCUUUCAUUGCUUUUUUUCCCCACUUACAGGCUUCGCUUUCCAUCACUUGUCUCUUACGAUGGUCGUCUCCUCUCAUCAAUCUCUCCUCUUUUGAUUAUCUUCAAUUUUUUUGUCGAACUCAUCACCGCCAGACACUCUUCAUCAUCAACGAACACAAGUAGAAGGCAGAGCUUCAGAUUUGUAACUAUUUUGUAGAGGGAAGAGAAUUAUUUUGGUACAUCUCUCUUAGAUCUGUAACUAAUUUGGUUAUUUUUUUUAAGAUCGGUAACCAUUGGGGUUGAUUUUUUUCAGAUCUGUAAAUAUUUUGAUAAGAUCUCUUAGAUUUGUUACUAUUUUGACAUAUAUUAGAUCUAUAUGUUUUGAUUUUUUUAUUUUUUAUUUUGAAAUCAUCAUCCACUCCUACUGAUGUGUUCUUCACUGCACCCGACCGAUACCGACCGCCAUCUUUGGAUUCCAGAAAUAGAGAAAGAGGGAGAGAAGAGGUAGGAAACAUAAGAAAAAGAUGGAGUGUUUACUGGUUGACUAUUAACAGUGGGUCUUCAAAUUUAAGAAAAAACUCAGAAAUUUACCAGAAUUUGAAAUCAUAGAGUCACCCGGCUCACUCACUUAUAUUCCUCCCCACAAAUCAUUUGAUCUUGGCUUCAUCCAUGACUUCUAAAAGAACCUUAGAUCAUUCUUCUUGUUUUCCAGCCCCAAAAAAGAGGAAAGGCUCCUCUUGUUUUGCUUCAUCUUCUUCAACACAACCUCGCUGGACCUAUCACGUGUUCUUGAGUUUCAGCGGUGAAGAUACUCGCAAAAACUUUACUGAUCAUCUCUACGAGGCCUUGGAUCAAGCUGGAAUUCACACCUUCAGGGAUGAUAAACUUCCAAGAGGACGUGAAAUUUCUCCCGAGCUUCUCAAAUCAAUCGAAGGAUCCAGGAUCUCCAUCGUUGUUUUCUCAAGAAACUAUACUUCUUCCAGAUGGUGCCUUGAUGAGCUCGUGAAGAUCAUUGAAUGCAAGGAAACAAUUGGGCAAUUAGUUCUCCCAAUAUUCUAUGAUGUUGAUCCAUCCGACUUAUGCGACCGAAAACGGUGUUUUGGAGUAGCAUUUAGAAGACAUAAAAAGCGUUACGGGGAUGAGAUGGAGAAGGUGGAGGUUAGGAGAGUUGCCCUCUCUAAAGCUGGUAAUAUAUCAGGCUGGGUUUUGAAAAAUGUUGCUAAUGGGCAUGAAGCAGAGUUAAUCCGACAAGUUGUUGAAGAGGUUUCAUGUAAACUGGAACGUACAUCCCUAUAUGUUGCUAAGCACCCAAUUGGAAUAGAGUCUCAUGUUGAACACGUCAGUUCGUUGUUGAGCAUUGGAUCAGAUGAUGUUCGCAUGAUUGGGAUAUACGGCAUGGGUGGAAUAGGCAAAACGACCAUUGCAAAAGCUGUGUAUAACCAUAUUUUCUUCCAAUUUGAAUGGAGUUGUUUUCUUGCAGAUGUUAGAGAAUGUGCAGGACAAUCCAAUGGCCUAGCUCAAUUGCAAGAACGACUUCUUUUUGCAUUAUUAGGGACAAAGAAUCUAAAGGUUAACAGUGUUCACGAAGGAAUUAAUUUGAUUAAAGAAAGGCUCCAUUCUAAAAAGGUUCUCAUUGUUCUUGAUGAUAUGGAUCAUACAAGGCAAUUAAACACCUUAGUUGGAAAUCAUGAUUGGUUUGGUCCAGGAAGUAGAAUCAUCAUAACAACUAGAGAUGAGCAGUUGUUGAACUUACUGAAAGUUGAUGAAAGAUACAUGGCUAAGAAAUUGAAUCACGAAGAGUCUUUGCAACUUUUCAAUUCUUAUGCUUUCGGAGGAACCAAUCCAUUAGAAAAUUAUGCAGAGCUUGCAAAUGGUAUAGUACAUUAUGCAGGAGGUCUUCCGCUAGCUCUUGAAGUUUUAGGUUCUUAUUUGUUUAAAACACCAUUGGUAGAAUGGAAAAGUGCAUUUGAUCAAUUACAACGAAUUCCUCAUGAGGAUAUUCACAAAAUACUUAAGAUAAGUUUUGAUGCACUAAAUCAGGAAAUGAAGGAUAUCUUCCUUGAUAUUGCAUGCUUUUUUGUUGGAAUGGACAUGGACUAUGUCAUUAAUAUAUUGAAAUGUUGCGAUUUCUCCCCAGAAUUUGGAAUUAGGAUUUUGAUUAAUAAAUGUUUAUUGAGAGUUAAUAGAUACAAUGUGCUAACAAUGCAUGAUCUACUUCGGGAUAUGGGAAGGGAAAUCAAUCGUCAAGAAUCUCCCAAGGAGCUUGGAAAGCGCCGUAGAUUGUGGUUUCAUAAAGAUGUAUCCUUUGCACUUGAAAACAACAGGGGAACAGAAACAGUCGAAGGUGUGAUCCUGACCGGACUACCCAUGGUGAAGAAGAUACAAUGGAGUAAUAAAGCAUUUGCUAGGAUGCAUAAUUUAAGACUGCUUCAAAUCAAUCAUGUGCACCUCAGUGGUAAUUUUGAACACCUAUUGAAAGAGUUAAGGUGGCUCUGUUGGCAUAACUGCCCAUUGGAGUAUUUACCAUCCAAUUUUUAUCCAGAGAAACUCGUUAUUUUAGACAUGCAGUUCAGCAAAAUUAAAACACUCUGGAAAGAUGGCAAGCACUUCAGGAGCUUGAAAAUUCUAAAUCUCAGUAAUUCCAAAUGCCUAACGAAGGGCCCUAUCUUCUGCGUACUAUCGAUGCUCGAGGAAUUAUUACUUGAAGGUUGUACAAGUUUAAUGGAGCUCCAUGAAUCAAUUGGGCUUCUAGAUAAACUUGUUCACUUGAAUUUGAAAGAUUGCAUGAACCUCAGGUAUCUUCCAGGCAGUGUCUGCAAGUUAAAGUCUGUUGAACGUCUAAAUCUCACUGGUUGCGCAAAACUAGAGGAGUUUCCAGAGCACUUGGGAGAUAUGAAAAGCUUAACAGAUCUUCUUGCAGAUGGCACAGCCAUUAAACAACUACCUUUCUCUAUUAGACUACUGAAGAAUCUUAGGACCUUCGGAUGUAGUAGGCAAUUGACAACUAAAUCCUUGUUUUCUCGCAUUUUAUCUUGGGUUUCACGGAGAAGAUUUUUACCAUCCUCUGUUUCUGGUUUGUGUUCCUUAACAGACCUAUGUCUCAGUAAUUGCAAUAUGUCUGAAAGAGAUUUUCCAGCUGAUUUUGGAAGUUUAUCCUCGUUGCGAUGGUUGGAUUUAGGCAGAAACAAUUUUAAGCACCUACCAGAUUGCUUCAGUCAUCUAUCCAAGCUAAAACUCCUUAAGUUGAAUGACUGCAGAAGUCUUCAAUCUAUCUCAGAUCUUCCUCCUAAUUUAAAUAAAGUUGUGGCUUAUAAUUGUGCUUCACUUGAAAAAAUAUCCGGUCUAUCAAAAUUGAAGACUCUAAGAAUCUGCUUAAGUAAUGACCAAUAUGGCCGCUUUCUCUCAAAUGGUAAUAAUGAUGGUAUGGAAGAUCCUCCUUGUUUUCAAGGUGCACGAAUCAUUCCCUUUGACAGGCUCAACAAUUUACAAAAUUUCCUUCAGCAUCUUGGUGGCAUGUCCAGGAUGAGAGAGGCUUACCGGACUUGUACCCUCAAUGUCGGUUGGUUGAUGAGCGAUGAUUUCCAUACUGGUGACUUGGGGGACUGUUUCAAUGAUUAUGAAUACAGCUAUAAUUUUAUAAAUGGCCGUAGUUUUAGUUAUAAAAUAACAGCAUCUUCUUCAAUAUCCUUAGAAGUGCCAGUACUGCGAGAGGAGGUAGACGAGUACAUUGCAGAGUUCAAUGUGAUGAUUGUUUAUUAUAGAGUUGGGGAUGAAGAAAGCUGGGCCAUGGAGUUAGUUGAUUAUCCAUCCAUCACUAUUACUAAUAAAAUUAAUGGCAUCAAUUUGACUCAUACCCCAAUUUUCUUUGCCAUCCCUGCGAGUUGUGGAGUUUAUACUUGGAAAAUCUGUCUAAAAGUUGAAGACUAUUUUGGAUAUAGAAUUAAAGGUGGUGAUCAACUCGAUAUUUCUUUGACUAUGCCAUCACCUUUUAAAGUGAAGCGGGGUGUGAUGAAUCUACAGACUCGAUGCACUUACUGCUACGAAGUAGACUCAAUGCACUUACUGCUACAAAAGAAAUUUAAUCGGCAAAGCUCAGGUACAUACACCAAAUAAAGAAAAAAAAACAGAGUCGCUUGCUCUCCUCUCUCUCACUAUCGCUCACCGUCUCCUCACCUCCCAUUAGCAGAUUUAUGGUUUUGAACUGUUCUCACUGGAAAGUUUUAAUUAAUAAGUCAAAGUGGUGUAUGAGAAAGUUCAUGAACAAGUAGCGGGCAUGGUGGACCGAGAAGGCUGCUCCCGAGAUUCCUCACUUCGAGGCCUCUUUGGUUCAGAGUUCCCCAAAUCCACUUGCUGUUACUAGAAGAGUUGAGGAAGCAAAAUUUCAGUGCUGAAGUUCACCUAUUUAAUUGUCUCUCAUUGUUUAAACCCAUUGAAGAACACCAGGGGCUGCCGAAUCGAUCUUGCAUUGUCUUGUCUUUAACAAAGUCUAGAGCCUUGUGGUUCUUCUAUCUCAAGUGUUUCUGCCAGAGACCAGUGGCUUUAUGGCGACAUUUUUGGGUUAUUUUUGUUGUGUUUGUGUGGCAAGUUAAGAUAUUAGGUCACGAUGGUGCUGUUGGAUACACCAUAUUGGGUUCAUGUGGUUAUGGUUGCUGUAGACUAUUUAUCUGUCAAAAGAAUGAUAUGUCAAAGAGAAAUGUUUCGUAGCGCGAAAUACGUUGACUCGAAUGGCUCAAAUACCCAAAAUCACGUCGUUUUGGGCAUUUUUUUUUUUAUCUUCUUUCUGCCUCACGUUUGUCUCUCAGUCGUCUUCUCCAGACCCAGAUCUCAGUUUUUUGAGAAACCCAAAUCCAUUGCUAUGGUGCUUUGUGGUAUCAGAGUUUGGAACAACCUGAGAAGAGACUCCAUUGUCUAGACCCACCAAGGUCUCCAAACCCACAGCCCCAAAAUCUAUCAUGUAACUUCCACCAAUCUACAGAGAUUUACAAAGCAAGAGUUCAUAAGAGAGAGAGAGAGAGUUAUGCCAUGAGCGGGAAGAGCUUCGUUUUGAUUUUGAUUUUGAUUUUGUUUUGAUUUUGAUUAUGUGGGUUUGGUUUUGAUUUUGUUUUGAUUUGAGAUAUGUUGUUGUGAUUAAGAGAUUUGUUUAUAUGCCUGAUUUAAACAUGGAUUUUUAUGCUACUCAUCUCGUUUCUGUGAUUCAUGAGACCCAUUUGUUGAAUGUUUGUUUGUAUAUAUGAAAGAAGAUGUGGGUUUUGGGAGCA